AUGGCUAGGGUUCUCGUUCAAUAUAAUUUGCUAACCUCAAACCCAGAAAACCCUAAAAAACGUCGUGACAAGAUUAGUAAGGCAUGCGCGCAGUGUUUGACUUUGUUACGAGGAUCCAAAAGGGUCACUAAUACUACUCCAGGGCUUUCGAUUAAAAAUAAAAUUGUGAAGCUGGCUGGCAGGGACCAAGAGGGAGAUGCUAAAAGGGUUUUGGCUCUUUCUACUCCAGGGUUUUCGUGUGGGAAUCUAAGACGCUUAAUCAUGGACCUUGGGAUCAACCUCCGCCGUAAAAAUGCCGCCGGCGACGGAGGUCGUACCGGAGCAUUGGCUCCGGCGCCGAUCACGAAGGAAGUGCAGAGGAUCGACGUGAACCCUCCCAAGGGCACCAGGGACUUCUCCCUGGUCAGAGAGGUUUCGCGGCUGUGUGGGUUCGAGGAGGACUUCCUGGUUACUGCGCGGUAUUUUAUCAGCAUUCCAAAACUUGCACAUGAUGUUUUACAAGAAGUAUUGAGACGGUACUCCAUACCUGAAGCUUUGUUUAGCAAGGUCUGCAUCAUCAUAGACAAGUUGCUCAAGGAGAGGGGUCUUCUGCCAGAACUUGGCCUGCAAGUAGAGAACAUUGUAUGCGCUCUGGAUCCUGGAGUGCAAGGAGCAGCUGCAACAGUUGCCACCAUACUUAGGGAGAAAGGUCAAAGUGUUAAUUUGGUCUUGGAGAGCAAAACACUUAAAUGGGUAUUCAAGCGUGCUUCGCGAAUAAAUGCCAACAGGCUGAUCUUGGUGGGAGAUUCAGAUUGGCAAGGGGGUAUGGUGGGUGUAAAAAUUCUGUCUACUGGUGAACAAUUGAUAAAACUUGAUGAACUAGACUGAUUGAGUCAUUAAUUAUUUGGUGGUUGUACUGUUUCUAGUAAAUUCUUUUUAGGUUGGUUCAGUUCAUUGUUCUCCCCCAAUCUACGUACAUCAUAGUUUCCAGUCAAAAUAUCAAUGAAUUGGCUGAUUUUUGCACUUGAUCUUAAUGAAGUUCGUGAUCAUUUGUUGA